UCCCAUUUCUGCUAAAAUAGAAGACUUAAGUCGGCUGCCUCCACACAUAAGCAUAUCUCUCUGGCGGAUGCGUUCAUGUUUUACUGACAGUUUAGUAAGAAAUAGCAUUGUUUUAAAACGGAAGAGAUGUCGACAAGACAGGGAUUCUACCGGCAAGAACUAAACAAGACUGUCUGGGAGGUUCCAGAACGAUACCAGAAUCUCACACCGGUUGGAUCGGGGGCAUUUGGCUCAGUAUGCUCAGCAUAUGAUGUGUGCCUUCGUCAGAAAGUGGCCGUCAAGAAGCUCUCCAGGCCUUUCCAGUCCCUCAUCCACAGCAGGAGAACGUACAGAGAACUGAGACUCCUCAAACACAUGAAACAUGAGAAUGUUAUCGGACUGCUGGAUGUUUUCACUCCAGCAGCUUCUCUUGAAGAAUUCAAUGAGGUAUAUCUUGUGACCAACCUGAUGGGAGCGGAUCUCAACAACAUUGUCAAAUUUCAGAGACUUUCAGAUGAACAUGUACAAUUCCUCAUUUAUCAGCUUCUCCGGGGCCUUAAGUACAUCCAUUCAGCUGGGCUGAUCCACAGAGACUUAAAGCCAAGCAAUGUAGCGGUGAAUGAAGAUUGUGAACUCAGGAUCCUGGAUUUUGGAUUAGCCAGGCAGACAGAUGAUGAGAUGACGGGUUACGUGGCGACUCGUUGGUACCGAGCUCCUGAGAUCAUGCUCAACUGGAUGCAUUACAACCAGACAGUGGAUAUCUGGUCUGUCGGAUGCAUCAUGGGUGAACUUCUGAAAGGGAAGGUUUUGUUUCCUGGCAACGAUUAUAUAGAUCAGCUCAAGAGAAUCAUGGAGGUUGUAGGCACUCCUACGCCUGAUGUUUUGAAGAAGAUAUCUUCCGAACAUGCUCAGAAGUACAUCCAGUCUCUUCCACACAUGCCUCAGCAGGACCUGGAGAAGAUAUUUAGAGGAGCAAAUCCUCUGGCGGUUGAUCUGUUAAAAAAAAUGCUGGUGUUAGACUGUGACGGGAGGAUCUCAGCCAGCGAAGCUCUGUGUCAUCCGUACUUUUCCCAAUACCACGAUCCUGACGACGAACCCGAGGCGCCUCCGUUUGAUCAGACCCCUGAGAGCAAGGAUCGCACGCUGGACGAGUGGAAGGAACUGGUGUUUGAGGAAGUAAGCAAUUUCAAAGAUCCUCCCAAUAAACCUUCUUCAACCUAAGUCUUCAGGUUGAACAGUAAAACUGAACAUAACUACAAUCCAGGAGGAUGCCACCUUCGCCACUGUCUGUCUUUCAAACGUACAAGCUACAGGACUGGUGGACAUACUGUAUGAACAGCUUGCAGUCCAACCAGAGACAAUGACUGUGUAUUUCCAAGGCAUGACGCCCUUCCUGUAUGUGGGUGUGUGUUCACACACACUUAAUUAAGAGCAAAACACGACCGGUAUUGUUUGAACAAAGACAAUGUAUUAAUAUUACAAGGUGCAUGUUGUUUGUUUUGAGUGUUUUUUAUAUUUGAUGUGAGACAGAUGAAGCAGGGUAAGCUGUCUUUUAUAUGAGACCAAAACAAACGAAACAGGAGGAGGAGAAAAAUAUGUUUACAAUAUUGGAUAGAGUGGGAUGUGUGUCUUAAAAAGUUAAUAUAUGCAUCAAUGUAAAAAAAAGUCUCUGCAUAAAACUGAAUCAGUUACAUAAUCCGACUUUACUCGUUUUUCAUCUGCGAGGCUAUAUGAAUAUAACAUACCUCAGUGCAAUUAAGUACAUUUUCAUUAUGAUAACAUGCAAAUCAGUCAAUCAAUAACAACAAUAAUGAAUAUAUUUGCUGUACUGCCUUUAAUUUUUACAAAUGUAAAAUAUAGACGAUUUUAGAAAUAUAAGCAACAAGAAUUUAUGAAAAUGUCAAUGUCAAAGAAAAAAUAUUUUACAUAUAAUAAAAAAAAAAAAUCAACAAUCCUGAUUUUCUUUAUGUAAAAUAGAAUUUCUUUCCUUUUUGAGAUUGAUUCUGAAUGUUUCUCCUGUUUGGUGAAAUGAAUUACACAAUAUGUAAAAUAAACAGCAGCAGUUGUUUG